AUGGAAGGCGCUGGGUGGCGUCUUCGUCGCAAGCUCGAGGCGGGGAUAGAGCCAGCAACUGGCCGAACAACGCAUCACAAACCCCCCUCAUUCCGUCCAACAUCAUCGGUGCCUUCAUCGAAUACAGUCUAUCUCCUGCUUUCACAGGCGACAAGGCCCCUCCAAUGCACCAUGACAGGCCGUGACCGAGAGGCUGGAACAUUGAUGGGCGGACAUGUGCAGACACGGAUGCACAGCGACCACCCCCGCUCAUCGCAACCGACCCCAGGAAUCUUUCCAAUGCGGAAGCAAUAUACGCAGGCGACACGGCAGGAUGAGCAUGGCAAGUCACCUGCAUUCAAGCCCAGCACACCCGAGCAAGCAGAUACUCUUCGCCAGCAUGGCACUGAUUGGCGAGCUCCUCUGCUGACUGCGUCUUGCGUGUCACGUCCUUCCAGCAUAAGACGCCUGCUGCAUGAGACACGCCAGCUCAAGCAAGAACGAGCUCACCAGCUUCUGCGCAAAGCUACGACCUCGACCUUGAGCCACCUCGCAAUCAGCUUGUUCGGCCGACAAAGCAUGCCAAUCUACUACCCAAGUAAUGGUAUUGAUACAGCCAUCAUGAUGAGGCGACAUCAAAUUCGAUUGCUCAUCUGGUCAUGCACAUUCGACGAAGGCGACGACACUCUCGCUGGCAGAGACUGCAAGACAAUAUCCUGUUCAAACGAGUCGUGUGGAACGUACUCAAAUAUUCCAGGUCACCACGAUCAGACAAAGUAUGCACUCGUCCCAGAUCGGACAGAGAAUGGGUCGCUUCCGAUACUUGCCUGUCCAUAUCCAUGCAAGUCAGUCGGAACUGUGCUUCCUGAGACGGCUGAGGGACUUUGUGUUGUUUCACGCUAA